CUCCUUUGAAAACUAUCCCAACUCCCUCUGUUACUGUCUCCAGCCUCAUACCAGAGCUAUUACUGAACAUAACUGCAGCUGAAACCAGAAGGAAAUGAGUUGCCUCCGUGCUCUCUUCAGAGACAGAAGUCCUCGCACAGAGGCAGAAGUGAUGAAUAGGCGAAACUCUGCUCAGGAGCAUGAGAUUAUUGAAUUACAAGAAGAUAACGUGGAGGAAAGUGAGGCUGAUCAUGGCAAGCCUCUCAAUAAUCAAACGAGAAAGGAGGCAGAUCACUGGAAACCAUGCAGGAAUGUUGUUUUCUGGAAGUGUAAACUAUGGAUGGUUGUAGCUACAAUAUUUGUAGUAAUCUUCCUGGUCACCCUCUUCAGCCUAAUUCUUUAUUCUAAUGUUUACACAGAUGAGGAUGACUACUGGGAUUCUCAUGCACUGCUAAACAGUGGAAAUUUUUACAAUUUUUCGGGAACAUUGGAGUUAAUGUGUGGUCUCCCGCACUUUUUCUCUGAAGACAUUACUAAGAGGUUAACAGAGGUCUACAGCUCAUCUCCAGCUCUAGGGCGUUACUUUAGAUCAGCUCAGGUGAUUUCUUUCAGUAAUGAAAGCUCCACUGUAAUUUAUCAGCUAGUGUUUUCUGUACCACCACCACCACCAAUAGAGGGAUUUAUGGAAACCACUAUGAACCCAGACUUUAUAAGGAACAUUUUACGUCAAAAUAUUUAUGAUGAAGUUGAUACUUUUGAUCCUGGGACAUCUGAAUGUGACAGGUUGAAGCUUGACCCAACCUCUCUCACGUGUAAGUGCUGUACAGCAAAGAAAUUGUUUCAUACAAAGAGCAGAAGUAUUUAUGGAAAAGGAGGGAAAUAUUUCUAGAAAGAUAUUGAGAUUUGUUAG